UGCGCUGCAGAGCGGCCGGACAGGGCCGCGCCUCGGGGUGCCGGGAUUCUAGGAUUCCCAGGCCCCUCUGCGCACCGUUCCCCGAACCUCACUUCCCCGGCCUGAGCCGCCCAGCGCAGUGGGAACUGCCUCCCACUCGCCGAUGCUGGUCCGCAUCCUAGGAGCUGCCUGUCACUCGCCCCACCUCGGCAUGUCCCCUCGACCGUGGGACGGUGUGCAUGUGACUGGGCAAGCUCGGUGCCCCGACGGACACCGGGGAGCCCAGUGGAGGCGCCCUCCCGAGGCACUACUGCCCAUGCUGACCACCCAGCCCUCCGGCUGCCGAUGUCAUGAGUAACACUACAGUGCCCAAUGUCCCUCAGGCCAACAGCGACUCCAUGGUGGGCUAUGUGUUGGGGCCCUUCUUCCUCAUCACCCUGGUCGGGGUGGUGGUGGCUGUGGUAAUGUAUGUCCAGAAGAAAAAGCGAGUGGACCGGCUUCGCCAUCACCUGCUCCCCAUGUACAGCUACGACCCCGCAGAGGAACUGCAUGAGGCUGAGCAGGAGCUACUGUCCGAUGUGGGAGACCCUAAGGUGGUACAUGGCUGGCAGAGUGGCUACCAGCACAAGCAGAUGCCCUUGCUGGAUGUCAAGACCUAACCUGACCCGCCCUGCCCCAAUCUCCAGAACCAUGGGGUCUUAGGAAUGCCCAGGGCCCACGGCUUGCUGCUUCCCACUUGCACUCACCCAGCUCCCCCUGCUGGGUACCAGGGCUCCUUUCCUCCCAUCCACUCCCAGUAGCCCGCCCCCCCCCCCCCAAUGGCCUGCAAUCCUUUGUGGGCUGAGCCUACCAUCCACACCCAAGGGGCUAACAAGUUUUUCCUUCUGGGGUAGAAGGGUGGCACUUUUCUGAGCCCUCCCUAACUUGGCUUUGGAUGUUUCCAUGGUGACAGGGCUUAAUGUAUAGUAUUUGGUAUAUAUAUUUUGUAAAUAAAGAUGUUUUGUGGCUA